GUCGCGGGGGUAAUUUAUAAACCCUUUGCCAGUGAACGGUUGAAAAAUAAAACACUCCAGCCUAGUGCUCCCCACGCAAGCGGCGCAGGGGAAAGGCUGCAACUAACCCGCGGCGGCUCUUGUCACCACGUCUAUAGCCAGGCUCAAACGCCUCGCUUUUUCCCGUUGGGCGGCCGCCGCCGCCGCCUCCUUGGCCCCUGCAGCCGUAGGGCGAGAGGUCCCGCCGCUUCGCGAGCUCGCGGGGCGGGCUUAGAGGAACGCCACCGCCUCCAGUUCCGCUUCCCAGGCCGCGCUGCCAACUCCUCCUCCCUUCCCUAAGCAGGAGGCGCCGGGCGCGCACCUCCUGAACCGGCGGGUUUAUAUAGCGAUAGCUGCGGAGGGCAACCCGAGGGGUCCGGGAUAGGCAAUGCGGUUGAGUCGCCGAGGCAGCUGGAGGUACGAUCACCGUCCUUUUAGAGGUACCCAUCGCAACUCCCCGCUGGCUGCAGAAAACCUCAUGGUUUAGAGCCACCACAAAGCAAGUGAGAAACAUGAAGACAAACCCUGCCAUCCAAGCUGCCGUUGACCUCACAGCAGGGGCUAUGGGAGGCACUGCCUGUGUGAUGACUGGCCAGCCGUUUGAUACUGCUAAGGUGAAAAUGCAGACGUUCCCUAACAUGUACCGAGGGCUUGUCGACUGUUUUGUGAAGACUUACAAGCAAGUAGGGGUUCGAGGCUUCUACAAGGGCACCACCCCAGCACUUGUUGCUAACAUUGCCGAAAACGCAGUGCUCUUCAUGUGUUACGGCUUUUGCCAAAACAUUGUGAGGAGAAUUGCUGGACUAGACAGGAAAGCAAAGUUGAGUGACCUUCAGAAUGCCGCUGCUGGUUCCUUUGCUUCUGCCUUUGCCACCUUGGUCCUCUGCCCCACAGAACUUGUGAAGUGUCGCCUGCAGACCAUGCAUGAAUUGCAGUUAUCUGGGAAGAUAGUGCAAGGACACAAUACAGUUUGGUCAGUAGUGAAAGGAGUUCUACAAAAGGACGGUCCCUUUGGAUUCUACCGUGGUCUCUCCAGCACUUUGCUACGAGAAAUCCCAGGCUACUUUUUGUUCUUUGGAGGCUAUGAACUGAGUCGGACAUUUUUUGCAUUUGGGAGACCAAAAGAGGAAUUAGGUCCUGUUGCAUUGAUGAUCAGCGGCGGCUUUGGGGGUAUCUGUUUAUGGAUUGCUGUAUAUCCAGUGGACUGCAUCAAAUCUCGAAUCCAGGUUCUUUCUAUGGCAGGAAAGCAGGCAGGCUUCAUGGGAACGUUUGCAAAUGUCUUCCAGAAUGAAGGUAUUUUUGCCUUGUAUUCGGGACUGAAACCUACUAUGAUUCGAGCUUUUCCAGCUAAUGGUGCAUUGUUCCUUGCCUAUGAAUACAGUCGAAAACUGAUGAUGAACCAAUUUGAUACAUAAUAUUUUUAUUGUAGGCUAAAGUCAUUGGAAAUGUAUGCAGGUCAUUGGAGCUGUUGUAAGAGCAACACAGUUAUAAAACUGUUGAUAAAGUUUAAAGGAUUA